AUGACCGAAUGCAUUCCUGAGGAAGUGGGGUGCCUCCGCCAGCUGACCGUGGUCCUCAUGUCUGUGUCUUCUGCGGUUGGAGUCGUGGCCAAUGGGCUGGUGAUCUGGAUGACCCUUUUCCGCAUGGCCCGCACUGUCACCACGAUUUGGUUCUUCAACCUGGCCCUGGUCGACUUCACUGUCUUGCUGUCUCUGCCCAUUGCCACAUACACCAUGGCCACCGGCCAGUGGCUCCUGGACGAAGUGGCCUGCAAGCUCUACAUGACCUUCUUGGCACUCAAUUUCUUCACCAGCAUCUGCCUCCUGGUCAUCAUCUCUCUGGACCGCUGCAUCUCUGUCCUCUACCCCGUCUGGUGCCGCAACCAUCGCACUGUGCAGCGAGCAGUGUGGCUGGCGGUGGGCGUGUGGCUCCUGGCUGCUGUCACGUGCAGUCCAUACUUGAAAUUCCGGACCAUUGGCAAAGAGAACGAGUGUUUCUACUGCUACUUCAAGUUCGACAUAGAGAAAAAGCAGGAGGAGAGUUCCCAGGAUUGGGAUCAAAUGGUUUUCAAGAGGCGUCUGACGGUGGUCAUCGUUCACUUCCUGGUGGGCUUCUUGGUGCCCUUGGUGGUCAUCAGUACCUGUGCCCACCUCAUCCGCACCAAACUCCGGGGAGAAGGCUGGGUCCAUGCCAGCCGGCCAAAGAGGCUGCUGCUGGUGUUGGUGAGCGCCUUUUUCAUCUUCUGGUUCCCGUUUAACGUGGCGCUCUUGGUCCAGUUGGGGCAACUGCAAAACGAACCCAAGCCCAAGAUGCUGCUCAUCCUCUGGGCAACCUUCUCCCUGGGCUGUCUCAACAGCUGCCUCAACCCUUUCCUCUAUGUCUUCAUUGGCAGAGAUUUCCGGGAAAAAUUUUUCCAGUCUUUGCCUUUUGCCCUUGCCAGGGCUUUUGGCGAGGAGGGUUUUGUCUCAGCCUGUCCCCGAGGCGAAGCCCUCAGGGAAUGAGGCAAACCUGCAGGUGAAAGCUGGGAAUCCUCCUGCUUAGUUUCCAGCCCCUGCCCUAGAGACUCCCGAGACUCUGCCAAAUCCUGCCUCUUCUUUCAGGAAGUCUUCCUGGCAACGUCUUAUCUAAAUCUCUCCAUUAGAGACAUCUACUGUAUCCCCAGUAUCCACGCUACCCUUCCUUUAUCCUAAAACUCCUGUUUGUUUUAAACUAUGUACAUGAUUAGCCUGGGGGACAGGGAGAGGACUACAUUUCCCAGUGUCCCUUGCAACGAGAUUGCACCACCUGACAACGUUCUGGCCAAUAGGAUGUGCGUGAAAGGAAUCCAUGUCACUUCCUUGAAGUGCCCCUAACAGAGAGUGCUUGCCUUCCUUCCUUCCAUUUCCCCCUUUCCAUUGUCUAGAAUGCAGAUGUAUCAGUUACCUUGGCUGUGUAACAGAUACCCCCAGGCUUAGAGGCUUAACAUCAUAACCUUUUAUGAUUUCUUUGGGUCAUCCACUUGGGCUGGGCUCAGCUGAGCAGUGUUCGGUUUUACCUGGGCUUGCUCAGGCAUUUGUGGUCAGCUCUGGGUCAGCUAAGUGACUCUGUUUCUGGGCGGCAGAGGCUGGCUUUCAGGUAGGGUGAUGGGAUUGACUGAGCCCUGUCGUCCAGGAGGCUGCUGGGGGCUUUUUCAUUGGGUGGUUAGGGAGGCUUCCGGGGCGGAGAGGGGAAGCAUAAGACUUACACUUGACCCUUAGCACAACGUGACUAGUUUCAAGGGCUGGGGAGAUAGAUCUCACCUCUCAAUGGGAAAAUCUGCAAAGUGACAAUUUAAAGGAGCAUAGAUACAGGAAGGCACCCAGCACUGGGACCACUUUGACAACCUGCCACAGCACGUGCGGUGGUGAACCAUGUGGAAAAUGACCGUGACCCCAUACGAGGCCUGGAAUGCUGACAUCCGCGCUGU